AUGAAGCCCAACACAAGAACAUUGGUGAAUGCUGCAUCAGGAGGGUCCUUGAAAACAAAAACUCCAGAGGAAGCCUUGGAAUUAUUAGAGUCUUUAGCCUCUCAGGAGUAUGAUAAUGCUCCCGUACCACAGAGAAGAGCGGGGAUUAUGAAGCUUGAUGGCUAUGAUGCCAUCCUGGCCCAGAAUGAUCAGAUUCUACAGUUUAAUAAGAAACAACAACAACAACUAGAUGUGCUCAUGCUACUGAUGACUGCAAGGCACCCGAGACUGCAGAUGUUAAUGGAAUUUGACAUGAUCAGAAAGUUCCAUAUAAUCCAGGGAGGAACCAAUACGUUCAAUGAAAGAACCCAAGGCACUUUCCCAAGUAAUACAGACGUUAAUCCAAACGCACACUGCAAGGGUAUUACCACUGGAAGUGGCAUUGUAAUUGAACCUGUGAUUAAGCCUUCAAUAGAGAAAAAGAAAGCUGAGGGACCUGCCACUGAAGAAGAAAAAGAGAAGGAAGUUGACAAAGAGCCUGCUGCAGAGAAAGUUGUUCCUGAGAAGAAAGAGUUCAAAUGGGAGAAAAAGAAAGCUCAAGAAAGACAAGAAAAGCCAUUGGAGCUCUCACCUUAUGAAAAAAUUCCGUAUCCCCAGAGGUUCAGAGAAGAAAUCAAAAAGCAGCAGUAUUCGAAGUUCCUUGACAUCUUCAAAAAGCUACAAAUCAAUAUUCCAUUUGCUGAAGCCUUGGAGAACAUGCCAAAUUACGCAAAGUUUAUGAAAGAUCUUCUAUCACGGAAGCGUAAAUUGAAGGAGUGUGAGACCGUGACCUUGACAGAAGAGUGCAGUGCUAUAAUUCAGAAAAAGUUACCUCCGAAACUCCAAGAUCCUGGAAGUUUCAGCAUUCCCAUAGAAAUUGGUAACAUUAAUGUGGGAAAAGCGUUAUGUGACUUAGGAGCCAGUAUAAACCUUAUGCCAUUAUCCAUCUGCAAGGCUCUGGGUAUUCAUGAACUGAAACCAACAAAAGUUUCACUACAGUUAGCUGACAGAUCUACCAGAAGGCCAGAUGGAGUCAUUGAAGAUAUUUUGGUAAAAAUUGAUAAAUUCAUAUUCCCUGCAGACUUUGUCAUCUUAGACAUGAAAGAAGAUGCUGAAAUCCCAUUACUGUUGGGAAGACCCUUCUUAGCCACCGCAAGGGCUAUGAUUGAUGUGGAGCAGGGUAAGCUGAUGUUGCGGGUUAAUGAUGAAACCGUAACGAUUGAUGUUCUUGAAUCUAUGAAACAUCCUUCCGACGGAGGAGAUUGCUUCGAGGUUGAUGUGAUCAAUGAUGCAGUGCUAGAUACAGUUGAUGAAAUACUCCAACCACUGAUGGAAUUGGAGUCAUUAGAAGAAGAUCUACUGCACAAUACCACUGAAGCAACAGAAGGAGAACAAGAGGUUGAAAAGCUGGAAGAGAAAGUUGAUGAUAUUAUUCAAGGAGCACCAAAGGUUGAAUUGAAAGAGCUUCCUCUUACUUUGGAAUAUGCAUUUCUUGGAGAAAGCAAGACAUACCCGGUGAUCAUCAACAUAAAUUUGUCAAUCGCAGAAGAAGAAAAAUUAUUGAAAGUGUUGAGAGAGCACAGAACAGCUAUAGGAUGGUCUAUUACAGACUUGAAGGGAAUAAACCCAUCCUUUUGCACUCAUAAAAUAUUGAUGGAGAAUGAUGUGAAGCCAGUCAGACAACCACAGAGAAGAUUGAAUCCAACUAUGAAAGAAGUUGUGAGAAAAGAAGUCGUGAAGCUCUUGGAUGCUGGUAUAAUCUAUCCAAUUUCUGAUAGUGCAUGGAGAUGCCAAGAGAGUAAUUUAGUACUCAACUGGGAAAAAUGCCACUUUAUGGUAAGAGAUGGAAUAGUCUUAGGCCAUAAGAUCUCUGAGAAGGGAAUUGAAGUUGAUAGAGCAAAAAUUUCACUUAUAGAAAAACUUCCUCCUCCCUCUAAUGUGCGUGGUGUGCGUAGCUUUCUUGGACAUGCAGGUUUCUAUCGGCGUUUCAUCAGAGAUUUCUCAAAGAUAGCCAAACCCCUCUGCAAAUUAUUGGCCAAAGAAGAAGAGUUCAACUUUGACAAUGAUUGUUUGAUUUCUUUUAAUCUUUUGAAAGAAAAAUUGACUACCGCACCUAUUAUCACUUCACCGAAUUUUGAAUUACCUUUUGAAUUAAUGUGUGAUGCUAGUGAUUAUGCUGUAGGUGCAGUCUUAGGUCAAAGAAAAGAUAAACUCUUGCAUGUUAUAUAUUAUGCUAGUAAAAUUCUAAAUGAAGCACAAUUAAAUUAUACUACUACUGAGAAAGAAUUACUAGCUGUUAUAUAUGCUUUUGAUAAAUUUAGAACCUAUUUACUAGGAUCUAAAGUUAUUGUGUAUACUGACCAUGCUGCCUUGAAAUACUUAUUGACUAAACAGGAUGCUAAGCCGAGACUACUUAGGUGGAUGCUUCUACUUCAAGAAUUUGAGAUAGAAAUCAGAGACAAGAAGGGAGUAGAAAACCGGGUAGCUAAUCAUCUCUCUAGACUUCAAGAGAAAGAACUUCAAGAUAGUUCAGAAUUGAUAAUCCGAUAUGAGUUUCCAGAUGAGCAAGUUCUCUCAGUCAGCACACUACCAUGGUUUAUGAAUGAGCAAGCUCUUGCAGUAGACACCGCACCAUGGUUUGCAGACUUUGCAAAUUUCAAAGCAGCUGGGACGAUUCCUAAAGAUUUUUCAUGGCAACAACGGAAAAAGUUUCUCCGCGAUGUGAAAAAGAUACUUGUGGGAUGA